GUCCCUAGGCCUGCGCCCUCGGGGUCCGGGGGUGUGUGUUCAGUUCGAAUUCCCGGUGGACCCGCUGCGGCCUCUCCGGCCCGCGGUGUCCCCGAGCGCUCCCCUCCGGAGCCCUAGCUCGCGCGCCGACUGCAGUUUCUCCAGGACUCCGUGGAUCUUUCUCCACCCAGGCCCUGUUCAGACGCACAAGUGGGAGGCGCUGGGCUCAGAAAACCGGGACCUAUGGCUGUCAUUUCCAUCUCUGGGACGACAUUGCUCUUGGCAUUGCUGUCCUUGAGGACUCUGCAGAGCCUAGUCUUGGAUGAACGUUUACUCUUGACUCCUGAAUUGAUUAACAUUUCGAUCAAUUCUGAACAUCAAAGCUUGCAUUUACAAUGGACUGUCCCCAACCUUCCUCAUCAGGAAUCCAGAAUGGCGUUUCAGAUACAGAUCAGUAGAUUUGAAAGAUCCAAGGUCAUCUGGGAGGAAAACUACCGCAGCACCGUGAAGCAGGGCCAAGUCCUUCAUUGGAGCUGGGAGUCUGAGCUGCCUUUGGAAUGCGGGCCGCACUUUGUGAGAAUGAAGAGUGAGGUGGUUGACGCCAAGUUCCCCAAGCCGAGUUUCUGGAGCAGCUGGAGUCCCUGGGAGAAAGUUGUUGCCCAGGAUUCUCCAGGACCGAAUGAGUUGCUUGUUUUCCCUAAAGAUAAGCUUGUGGAGGAAGGCUCCAGCGUCACUCUGUGUUACGUUUCCGGGAGCAACCUAAAGAACAUAUCCUGCUAUUUGGACAGUGAACAGAUCCCCGGAGAACGGCUUGACGCCAGUGUAUUUGCAUUCAGUUUGAGUAACAUUCCUUUCAUCAGGAAAACGGGGACAAAUUUCUUCUGUGGGAACAGCACGCACAAAGAAGACGGCACUGUUCUGUUUGUUUCAAAAGUACUCGAGGAGCCCAAGGACUUUUCUUGUGAAACCCGGGACUUCAAGACGCUGAAGUGCACUUGGGAACCUGGACCAGACACUGGCUUGGCUUGGUCUAAGCAACCUUCCCAGAGCUACACUUUGCUGGAGUCAUUUUCCAGGAGAAAGGAACACUGUCAACACAGAAGCUGGUGUCAUUGGCAAAUAAGUCAGGGCUCACAGGAAACAUAUAAUUUCACACUGCUGGCUGAGAACCGUUUAAGGAGGAGAAGCGUCAACUUGCUUUUCAACUUGACUCGUCGAGUCCAUCCAAUGGAUCCCCAGAGCAUCAAGUUUGAAAAUGUAAGUGCCAGGAGUGCCAUCAUGACGUGGAAGGAGUACUCCAUUGUGAAUCACUGCACACUGCUGUGUCAGGUUGAACUCCGUGCUGAAGGAGAGGUAACACAGCAGCACAACGUGUCUGUGAAGGUGAAUGGUGAGUAUGUUUUAAGCGGACUGGAGCCUGGCACACAGUAUGCAACCCAAGUGCGCUGCGCUAGCGCCAGCCACUUCUGGAAAUGGAGCGAUUGGGUUCCUCAGAAGAUCAUCACAUUUGAAGCUGCUCCCUCAGAGGCUCCCGAUGUCUGGAGGAAUGUGACGUCAGAGCCGGGACGUCAGAACGUGGCCUUAUUCUGGAAGCCACUAUCCAAACACCAAGCCAAUGGAAAGAUCCUGUUCUAUAAUGUAGUUAUAGAAAACCUAGACUCAGCAUCCAGGUUACAGCUCCUCUCCAUCCCUGCACCAGCCACUCAGCAAGAACUAAUGCUUGACCCACGAUGUUCUUACCGAAUCCACGUCACAGCCAAUAACAGUGUGGGCACCUCCCCCGCCUCGAUUGUGGCUGUCGCUGGAGACCCCGGAAAUGGUACAGAAAAUGUUAAAGAAGAAAGGAUUACAGGGACAGAUGGUGGAUUCCCUCUGUCUUGGAAACCAAAGUCUGGAGAUGUUGCUGGCUACGUGGUGGACUGGUGUGCACAUCCCCGGGACACUUCCUGUGAUUUCCAGUGGAAGCACGUGGGUCCCAACACUACAAGCACAGUCAUCAGCUCAGAUUCUUUUGAACCGGGAGUCCGAUACAGCUUCAGAAUUUACGGACUGUCUACAAAAAGGAUUGCUUAUUUACUAGCGAAAAAAACAGGAUACUGCCAGGAAUUGGCUCCUUCAUACAAUCCUCAAGUGACCAUAAAAAACUUGACAUCCCACUCCUUCACUCUGAGCUGGGAGGAUUAUUCCACAGAAUCCCAACCCAGUUUUAUACUUGGCUACCACGUCUAUCUCAAGUCCAAGGCAAUGCAGUGCCACCCAGGAUUUGGAGAGAGAACGCAUUCAGAUGAUUCAGUAUGUUGCAAAUACAAAAUUGACAACCCAGAAAAGAAGAUGUUCGUUGCAGAAAACCUACAGCCAGAAUCCUUGUAUGAGUUCCUCGUCACUCCGUAUACAAGCGUUGGGGAAGGCCCCAAUGGCACUUUCAUAAACAUCACAACUCAGGAUGAACACCCCAAUAUUCUUAUCCGUAUCAUACUGCCCAUGAUUCUUUGCGUCUUGCUCAUCAUGAUCCUGUGUUACUGGAAAAGUCAAUGGAUGAAGGAGGAGUGUUACCCUGACAUCCCAGAUCCUUACAAGAGCAGCAUCCUGUCAAUGAAAAAAUCCAAGGAGAAUCCUCACCCAACAAUAAUGAAUGUCAAGGACUGCAUUCCAGAUGCUAUUGAAGUUAUAAACAAGGCUGAAGGGACUAAGACACAGUUCCCGGGCACCAGGAAGUCAGUGACAGAAACUGAACUUACUAGUCAACCCGUCUACCUUUGCCUCAUUGCAACAGAAAACAAUUACUCCAGCCCUGGACCCUGUAUCUGCUUUGAGAACCUUACCUAUAAUCAGGAAGUUUCUGCGUCUGAUUCCUGUGGCCAUGGCCCAGUAACCCCUGAAGAACCUCCGAGUCAGCUGGGACUACUGGCCUCAUCUGGCAGUUUCCUCAAGGCACUGGAAAAAAACUACACGAACUCCCUGGAAGAGAACCCCAGUGGAAACAGUUUGCGUUAUGUGUCCCAGCUGGCUUCACCCUUGUCUGGAGACAAGGAGAGUCUGCCAACAAACCCACCAAUGCUGGUGCUGUGUUCAGAGUAUAAAAUGCAAACGGCAGUGCCCUCAUGCCUUGCGUCGCCUCCACUCAGUGAAGACAGCAGCCUCUCCUCAGUUACCCUUUUAGGUGAAAGUGAACACUACAGUUAGCUAGCAUACCAUAAUGCUUUAUCUUUAUGCUACACAGAUAAUAAGGGGAACAUGGUUGGCACUAGUCCUUCAUCACAGUAAGCUAUUGCUAUCUGCAGGUCUUAUUUGCAUAAGACCGCUGCAGUCUGACUUGGUUAGAGGUACCAGCUGUGGAAUUUAACAUUCUUCGUUGGAGAGGGCUCUUUCGAGAUGGCGGCAUCAUAGGAACAUGCUUAAUUUGCUGUUUUUUGCUCCCCUUUUUAAUAGGAGACCUGAGCUUGACAUACAGGUAGGCACCAACCACUCCAGACCUUACCCACUCAGGGUAGCUGUGGUCCUAGAAAUUCAGUUUUUAAUGAGAAAAUACUUGUUAAAAUUUAUCCCCGUUUAAUACCUUCAGAGUAAAGCUAUUAAAGUUUUUAAUAAAGGGCACAAAUUGUCAGUGUAAAGUGAAAAAGUCACAGGUGUUUAGGAUCACCACAAGUUUUGGACUUGAAAGUUUGUAGGUUACUGACAUAGUAAAAUUAAUUAUUUCAGGAGCACAGACCUAAUAGGUUAAGAUUUGUUACUGAGCCAAGUAAGAUCUCCAGUGCUCCUGUUUGACUUGCGAGUGGGACAGUGGGAUAGAUGAGGAACUUCCGGCUCAGUGUUAACAUAGAAGACUGAUGUCUGCUGAGCAGAAGUGAUAUUCCAUCACAAUUUUUGAUGACUACCUCAAGAGUAGAAAAACAUUAAUCUCAUUAACAUUUUGAGUCUUUUUUUCCCCAGAUCUAUUUUUACUUACCAUCCUUUGGACUCUGCAAUAGGUUGUCAGGGUCAACACAGCACACUUCGUCUUCCUACUGUGCUAAAUAGAAUUUAAUUGUGAAAAGUUCUGGGAGAGGGAAAUUGUACUGGCUCCUGGGCAACCCUGUCUUCUUGAAACCAAAAUAUGCAAAUCUUCUGGUAUAUACCAGGUUCUCUACACCUGCUAAUUUGUCCUAUUUCUAGAUGAUCACAAAGGAGGAUUCCUUUUUGUUUUGCUGACUGCCAGGUGGUAGAAAUGACUGCCUAUGUUCAGGCGUCUGCUACCCACUGCUCUGCACUGUGCCACUUCAUCCUGAACAAACUGCAUCAACAUCUCAAAACCGUGGUUGUCCUUAGGCCUAAAUGUACCGGCACAAUCCAGCAGUCAGUUAACCAAAACCAGAAAAUAUUUUAAAAAUAUUGUAUAGUAUUCCAUAAAGCAGAACUUGAAUUUACUGUGUGCCAAGCACUACACUGAAUCCAUACGCCGCCUUCCAUCUCUCCAGCCCUCACUGGAGCACUGUCCACCGAAAUACCUUGUUUGUGGAUUAUAUAGUUAGGCCGAUGAUGGUUCUCUCUGUACUGAACGUAUAUAGCCUUAUUACUCCUUAAACAUUAUAACAACUAUUUACAUAGUAUUACAUUGUACUGGCAUUAUCAUCUAGAGAGGACUUAAAAGUCUGCAGGAGUUGUGUGGGUUAUAUGCAAACACUACGCCAUUUCACAUGAAGGGACUAGAGCCCUCUGUGGACUUGAGACUCCAUGGGAUAUCCCGUUACCAGCCCCCCAUGGAUACUGAGGAAUAAUUACUGCUGUUUAAGGUUUUCAUUGUUUUCCUUACUUAUAAAAACCAUGCCAUUUGCUGGAAAAAUGGGUAUGUGCUCCUAAUGUACUACGAAGCAGUACUUUGCUGAGUCUAGGUGUUGUGAGACUUUGGUGCCAGUAUUGUCAUCACUUAUCCUAUUUAUCCCCCUUUAUCAAGCAAUUUUACUUUUCAUUUGAAACCUGUACAGAAAUGUCAAUGUCAUUGAUUGAUUUGUAAAUGGUAUCCUUUAUAUAAUUUUUAUAAAAUAAUCCACAAAACCUUUAA